AUGGAGUAUGCCGCCCGUCGAGGCGCCCCGUCCGCCCCGAGCCUCCCCGACCUGUCCCGCGCAUCAGACGGCCUCGCCACGCAGCUGCAGUCGGACAGACGCAGCGCCGUAUUCGCGCGCCUCCUCUCCGUGCGUCGCGACACCUUCCUCACCGUGCGCAGGGAGUACGAGCACCCGGCGGGGUACCCGUUCAUCGACUACUCGUGGCUGGACGACGGCCAGCGGGACCUCGUCGUGCUCGCCAAGGCCAACCUCGUCUCGGUGCUGGACACGAUCGAGCGCAUCCGCGCGCACCAAGUGUCGCGCCGGGAACUCGUCGACCGCCUCGCCGAGCUAGACGGAUUCAUGGGCGAGCUCUUCCGACCCUACGGCGCCAACGCAAACAGCCUAGACCUCUCCCUCGAGGUGCGCACCGCCCACGCGAUAGAGGCGUUGGCCACCGCUGUCUCUCCCUCUUCCUCCUCCCCCUCGCCGUCGUCCUCAUCGUCGAGGAAGAAGAUGACGCUCGCCCUGGCCAACCCGGUCCUCGUCUCCAUCUUCUGCGAGGAUGCGCCCUCGACGGCUGGCAGGAAGCCGGACUAUGCCGCCAUCCUGUCAAACGGGGAGUACUUCAAGCCCCUGGGCCACCGGAGCGGAGAGCUCGUAGAGGACGCCUGCUACGGCAGGAUAGGCCGCAUAUGCAGCACCAUCAGGGCCUCCAAGGAGGCCAGCCUCGACAGGCUGCGCGACAUGUUCCCCCUCUCCAACACGCUCGACAGGCUGUGGGACUGGAUCCUGGGCGUGUAUGCCAAUGGCUACGUCGGCGGCGCCGGCCCUGCCGCUGGGGACGACGACUUCCAAGAUGCCAUGUCCCAGCCUGCCGAGGGGUCGACCCAGUCUGCCGUCGAGUCUCUCGACCUUGAACCUAUCGAGCGCGAUACAGUGAAUGCACAUAGGAGUCUCUUCACCGGCAUAGAAUCCCUUGUCGCCCUUCGCACAUCCAAACCUUCCGGAUCGCCACGACCACCAAUGCCACGCUCCCCACCCGGCGGCUACCACGCCGACGACGACGACGACGACGACGACGACGACGACACGCCAACGGAGAACCCCGAGCGGCAGCAGCAGACGUCACGGAUGCGCUCGCGCGUCGAGGCCACCCGCCACGCCAUCGGGAAGCAUCGGAACCGGAAGGGCUCCCACCCCAACCCCUCCCCGCCUCCUGCUACCGGCCUGUCAUCGUCGUCGUCGUUGUCGUCGUCGAACCGACUCAUGGCUGCCGCAGUCAAGGCGGCGGCCUCAGCCCGUCGCCGCCACGCCUGGUCCGACGCCGACGCCCGCCUGCUCGUUCACCUCAUCGACAAACGAAAGGCCGUCUGGUCCGUCAUAGAGUUCAGGGAUGGCCACCGCUUCACCCCCGCCCGCAAACAGCAGGCCAUCCGGGACAAGGCUCGUAACCUCAAGGUGGACUACCUCAUCACUGACCGGGUGCUGCCUCGGUCUUUUGACAAGAUCUCCCUCAGUAAGAAGGAGGUUGCUCGCGUGCUGAGGUAUGGGAGGAAUCCGUUCCGCUUGGAGAGCGAUAUCACUCCUGAUGAAUACUGUCAGGAGUUUGACAAGUAA